AUGCCCCUAAAACGUUCUUUGAAACAGUCACUUGAAAGGCUAUCCAGCCUACAAUCAAGAUAUAAUAUAUUCACCAGCGUUAGUCCGUCGCCCUACACACUAUCAAAUAAGGAAGAAAUAAGUAAGGAAUUGGCAGGUUAUGCUGUGAGCAUUAAAGAUAAUAUAGUCACUAAAGACCUUCCAACAACAUGUGCCUCGCAUAUACUUGAGAAUUACAAAUCGCCGUAUGAUGCUACCGUGGUAAAGUUAUUAAAACAGGCCGGAGUGCAUAUUUUAGGUAAGACAAACUUGGAUGAGUUUGGAAUGGGAUCAGGAGGAAUACACUCGAUAAGGGGACCCGUAAUCAAUCCUUUAUAUCCUCACGAGGAAAAAAGGAUUAUGGGUGGUUCAUCCUCUGGGGCUGCUGCGAGUGUUGCCUGCGAUCUGGUAGAUUUUGCCCUAGGAACAGAUACCGGUGGCUCUGUUAGAUUACCUGCGUGCUACGGUUCUGUUUUAGGAUUUAAGCCAUCCUACGGACGUUUAUCUAGGUUUGGCGUCAUAGCCUAUUCUCAAUCUUUAGAUACGGUAGGCAUUUUAAGCAAGAAGAUAGAUAUUCUACGAAAAGUAUUUCUGGUGUUGGAUAAGUAUGAUGCAAAAGACCCCACUUCCUUGAAUGAGGAAUUGCGUGGGCUAAUAGAAAAGAAUAAAAAAAUAAAAAAAACUUGGAAAAUCGGUAUUGUAAAGGAAUUCAAUCACGAAGGUUUGCCCAAGCAAUUUCACGAAUCGUACUUUACUUUCUUGAAGAAGCUGGUGAGUCUAGGGCAUGAAAUAUACCCCGUAUCCAUUCCGUCGGUAAAAAAUAGUCUACCAAUUUAUUAUACUCUAUCGCCUGCAGAAGCUGCCUCCAAUCUAUCAAGGUAUGAUGGUAUCAGAUAUGGAUACAGAGAUUCCAAACUUGACAUAAAGGACGGUAUUUUAUUUGCACCUACCAGGUCUAAAUUUGGGGUAGAAGUAAAAAAUAGAAUCAUUUUGGGUAAUUAUAAUCUUUGUUCGGACGGGUUUAAGAACAAUUUUAUCAAGGCUGAGAGACUACGAGUAGAUUUGGUUGAUGAAUUUGACAAGAUUUUCAGAUUUCCAAAUGUUCUAACUAAUGCUGAAGAAAAUCCAAAAGGCUUAGAUGUACUACUGGUGCCAACAUCAUCUAAGCUUCCUGGGACACUAAAAGAGUUUGAAGAAGAUGAAAGUAAAUCCCCCGCCAAUUCAUAUAUCAACGAUAUCUUCACAGUCCCCAUGUCACUAGCUGGGCUACCGAGUCUAUCAAUGCCCUUGAAAGAGAGGACCCCGAUAGGUCUUCAGAUAGUAGGCCAGUAUGGUGAUGAUAACACUGUAUUAGAUUUUGUCGAAUCAGUAUCGUAG